GACGAAAGGUGGGAUGGGCGGUCGAAUUUUCUGAGUUCGGCCUGCGUUACGAGCCGAGAGGAUCAAUUAAGGGCCAACACUUGGCCGAUUUUGUAGCUGAGUUGCCCUUAGCGGUCAAUGAUGAAUGGAACCUAUACGUCGACGGCGCGUCAUGGCGGUCUGUGAGUGGGGCUAGUAUAGUGCUAGAAGGCCCGAACGGAUUCUUGCUAGAGCAUUCGUUGGUCUUCAAGUUCAAAGCCUCCAACAACCAGGCGGAGUAUGAAGCUCUGGUGGCCGGCUUGGAGCUAGCAAGGGAUAUGGGAGCUCGGAAGGUUGUGUGCCGGACCGAUUCCCAGCUUGUUGUGGGACAGAUGAAUGGUAAGUUCCAGGUGAAGGAGGAACAACUCCUCCGAUAUUUCCAUAGAUCAAUUGCCAUAACAAAAUUCUUUGAUCAGGUCAGCAUCCAGCACAUCCCUCGCGAGGAUAACACGCGGGCGGACAUGUUAUCAAAAUUAAGCUCGGGGAAAGAAAAAGGGCAGUUGACGACGAUCAUACACCACUUAUUGUUGCAACCGUCGGUCAAAUGCCUGGCGGUGUCAAAGGGUGAAGUCGGGGAUUGGCAAGCGCAGAUUCGAGCAUUAAUGGCCCAACAAAAUACCGACCAAUCGAUUAAGUCGGCGGACGCCAAGAUGAUUGUCCGCUACCUUAUGGUAGGGGACGACCUGUAUCGGAGAGGGUUCUCCACCCCUCUCCUUAAGUGUCUCGGGAAGGAAGAAGUGCAUUAUGUCAUGAACGAGCUCCAUAAUGGAAUCUGCAUAUUCCACACCGAUCGUCGAGCUCUAAAGACUCGGGUACUAUGGGUCGAAUACUACUGGCCAACCAUGGAGGAGGACACUAAGGUCUUCGCUCAGAAUUGCCUUAGCUGUCAGGCCCACGCCAACAACACGCACACACCAUCGUACACCUUGCACAACAUGACGUCACCCUGGCCGUUCGCGCAAUGGGGGAUGGACAUAGUCGGCCCGUUCCCAACAGGCUUGGCGCAUAAGAAGUUCAUCCUUGUGGCGAUCGACUACUUCACCAAAUGGGUGGAGGCUGAACCCUUGGCUGAAUCCUUAAAUAGCGAUUAA